AUGAGUACUAGCAGCGCUGCGGUUGGGGUUACCCUUGCCCUUUUCUUCUCGCAUAUAGCUACCCUGUUUGUGGCAUCUGUAGCAGGCCUUGGUUGCGAUGUUCCGGAGCAGGGCUCGGACCUCCGCGUCCUCCACGUCAACAGCCCCUGCUCCCCAUUGAGGCCCAAGACAAUGCCCCUCUCGUGGGCGGACUCCGUCCUCCAGAUGCAGUCCAACGACCGAGCCAGGCUCCAGUACCUGACCAGCCUUGUCGCGGGCCGAUCCAUCGUGCCCAUAGCCUCGGGCCGGGCCAUCACCCAGAACCCCACCUACAUUGUCCGGGCCAAGAUAGGCACCCCCGCCCAGACCCUGCUCGUCGCCAUCGACACAAGCAACGACGCCGCCUGGUUCCCUUGCGCAGGCUGCCUCGGCUGCUCCUCCGCCACAUACAACCCCUUAAAAUCCACCACAUCCAAGGGUGUCGCGUGCGGGGCCCCACAAUGCGGCCAGGUAACGGCCCCAAGUUGUGGUGUCGCCGCCACCUGCGGUUUCAACCGGACGUAUGGCAGCUCCUCGGUGGCGGCCGACCUGGUGCAGGACAACAUCACCCUGGCCACCGACUCCAUCCCCGCCUACACCUUUGGGUGCGUGCGCAAGACCACUGGCAACUCCUUCCCGGCGCAAGGCUUGCUGGGGUUGGGGCGAGGCCCACUAUCUCUACUCUCCCAAACCACUCAACUCUACCGAUCCAUAUUCUCCUAUUGCCUCCCCAGCUACAAGUCACCCAACUUUGCCGGGUCGCUCAGGCUUGGACCCAACAGCCAGCCCAAGACCAUCAAAACCACGCCGCUCCUCAAAAACCCCCGGAGGUCAUCUCUCUACUAUGUCAACCUUUUGGCCAUUAGAGUCGGCAGGAGAGUCGUAAACAUCCCGCCUUCUGCUUUUGCAUUUGAUCCCAACACAGGCGCAGGCACGGUAUUUGAUUCAGGGACCGUAUUUACGAGCUUGGUGAAGCCGGCGUACGUGGCAGUGAGGGACGAGGUGCGGCGAAGGAUGAAGAACGCGCCGGUGUCGACGCUGGGAGGAUUCGACACGUGCUACAACGUGCCAAUCAACGUGCCAACCAUAACCUUCAUGUUCUCCGGGAUGAACGUCACCCUCCCGCAGGACAACUUCAUCAUCCGAAGCUCCGCGGGCAACACAGCCUGCCUUGCCAUGGCCGCGGCCCCCGAAUCCGGCGUCAACUCUUUCCUCAACGUCAUCGCCAGCUUCCAGCAGCAGAACCACCGCGUGCUGGUGGAUGGUCCUAAUUCCAGGCUCGGGGUUGCGCGUGAGACGUGCAGCUAG